CCCUUUCAAAAAACUGUCUUUCAUUCAAAUGAACUUGAAAUGGUAUUUUCAUUAAGAGCCCGUUUGGUAGCACCAAAAUCGGCUGUUUUGGCUGAUUCUGCUGAAAUUUAUGAUAUUGUGGCUGGAGUGGCUGUUUUGGCUGAUUCUGCUGAUUUAAGAAAAAAAUAUUUUAAAAAUAUAUUUUAUUAAUAAAUUAAAGAAAAAAUUAUAUGUAAAAAUAGUUAAAAUGAUCCUCUACAGUAACUUCAGCCAAUACAGCCAGAAAAGUAACUCCAACCUUACUUUUUCGGCUUAUUACACAAUUCAGCGCGCGAAAGUAAAAGUUACGUGUUUGGUAAAAAAGCUGGCUGAUAAGCCUGAUAAGCCGAAAACAGAGUUCUCCAAACGGGCUCUAAUAGUAUAAACGACAUGGUCAAUAAAGUUGAGCAGUAUAUUCUAGGGCCUAGGCUAUAGGUCAUUGGAGGAGAAGGCACGGAACCCCCUAAAAAAGCUCGUGUUUUGUCAUUCAUCCCAUUGAUCUACGGUGAGUGAUUAGUUACACGUUCAUGAUUUUGUUUGUUCUAUUAUAAAAAUUUACCUUUCAGUUUCAUGUAGACCCCAAUGAUCUUUGGGUUUUCAUCAUUCUUGAACACCCAAUAAUUACAGUACUUGAAAGUUGAUUUCCUUUUUUUGAAUUUGUUUUUGGAAUCACAGAAUCUGCAGUUGUGGCUACUGCUAGGCGGCUGCUGUUCUUGCAACCUGGAGAUAGCAAUAUAGCAGACUGGGCUGUGGCGUCUUCCUCUGCCUCUCAUUCCUCUGCCGCCGCAGCUUUUGGGGACCUUUCUUUGGGUUUUAAUGCCGCUCAAGAUUCUGUCAGCGCCGCCGUCGACGGUGGCAGCGCGGCAGCCGCCCAUGAUGGGCAGUGGAGCUCCUCUGCCGCUAGGCAGAUGCAGAUCAACAAUGGGUUGUCGCCGGAUAUGGGUAUGUUUGUGGUGGCGCCGGCAGCCACUUUCCUCCACCACCACAGCGGGUUCAACGGUGGUCAACCCCAACAUUAUCACAGCCAGAGCCCCUCCGGUUUCAUCGGCUUCGACGGCGGAUCCACCCCUGCUCUCGGCGUCGGGGUGGGUGUGAUCCCUUUGGCCGCCGAUGACUUGUUUGUGAACACCUGCAACAGAGGACGCGGAAAUGGAGGUGGAUUUCAGUUGUGGCAGAACCAACACGCCGCCGCAGCUGCGGCGGCUGAUGCGGCGGAGGGAUAUAACUCUCCAAGGGCUAGUGUUACAGAUAACGAUUAUACCAAGAAGGCGAACGAAGCAGGAGUUGAGCUGGAGCAGACCCACGGAAGCACUUGCGUUGACCGUCAAGAAUUUCCUCCGGUCCACGGCGGCGGAAAUGGGAUUGAGUGUGUCGGAUUUUCAUCAUCUGCGGCGGCGGCCACUUGCCAAGACUGCGGAAACCAGGCCAAAAAGGACUGCAUCCACCAGAGGUGCAGGACUUGCUGCAAGAAUCGAGGGCUGCCCUGUUCCACCCACGUGAAGAGCACGUGGGUUCCCGCCGCUCGCCGCCGCGAGCGCCACCUCUAUUCCAACUCCGCCGUGACGGCAUCUUGCUCGCAGUCUGCUUCUUCCGGCGCGAAGAAACCCAGGCUUGUCCUCGGUAACCAAUCCCAAACAUCGCACACUUCAACGUCGAACAACACGGCGGCGACUGCCACCACGGGAGACAGCGGCGGCGGUUCUAUGCCGAAGCAGGUGACAGCUCCGGCGGAGUUCCGGUGCGUUAGGGUGAGUCCCUUGGACGGCGGAGAGGACGACGAAUACGCUUUCCAGGCGGUGGUGAGAAUCGGCGGCCACGUAUUCAAAGGGUUCCUCUACGACCAGGGGCUGGAUCCAGGCGAGAGCUCCGGGAAAGCUGUAAACCGCUCCGAACAAUUCAACACCGCCACGUCGCCACCCAUAGUUGCAGCUUCAUCUGAAUCGCAUGAUAUUUAUGGGGGCGGCGCUGCCACCUCAGCGGAGGUCGGAAUGUUGGGAAUUGGAGGUUCUAACUUCGGUCUUGGAAACCUGUUUCAAUAGGCUGAAUUUUGGUCUUUUUUUUUUCUUAUUUUGUGUGGAUUUUAGCAGUCGUUCUGUUACUGAUUAAAAUCGCUCUUCAAUGCCAUUAAUUUUGACUUUUGACCUAUAAGAUUAUUCGAUAGAGCAUUUUAAGAUGGAUCCAUCUCUGCAUCGUUUUAGAGCAAGGUGGGGGUGCGUGGCUCUUCACAAUUGGCCAAUCGAAAAUCUAAAUUUCAUGGAGAUUUUGGUGUCACUCUUUCAUCGAUCUCAAGGUGGUCCUCGGUGCUAUCUGGUCUGAUGUAGAAGAGAAUCAGAAACACUAUUUAUGGUAAUGACUUUUGGUCAGUCAUGCGAUUUGUUAAACUUGCUUCCCUUGCAAAGGACUCCAUUAAGAAUUUAAGAUGUCUACUUCAACGUUUUGUUUUAAUAAAAAUUUG